AGGCGACGCUCUACGUGCCUCGACAUCGCCAUGAACUCGAUGCACGACCCCCACGUCCACAACAAGCGCACCUCCAUCAACGAGCUCCUCAACCCCGUAUCCGCGACGUCCUCCUCCCUCGGCCAGCCCUACGGCCGCCAGCAGCUCCCUAGUCUCUCUGCGGCACUACAGUACUCCCAACACCAUCAUCUUCCGCCGCCUUCCCAGUACUCCCAACACCCCCCUCCCCAGUUAAACCCUGGGCCGCAAUUCAGCCUGCGCGCCGCCAACUGGGAGUCCUCCAAAGAUGAACUUGGCCCUGCUGGCCGAUCUGAGUCUGAUGUCGCACCCUGUCGCUACUCUUCUUCGUCAUCUGCCCCAUCGCAUCCCAUGUAUGCAGACACUUAUCCGAGACACGCCAGGCCGGUCGAGGACACGCCUCAUUACAGCAUGGAGGCGACCCAAUCGUGGCCUUCUUCUCACGAAACGCCUAGCGCGUCUUAUGGGGCACCGAUGAUGUCGCAGGUCUACUCAGAUGAGCGGGCAGCGGCGUCAGGAGAAGACAUGUCCAGAGGGGCACCAUACCCCCCACCGCAAGCGCCUCCGCAAUCGCACCCGCAAUAUGAGCAAGAGAUGCCCCCUCCGCCGCAUCCACAGCCGCACCCGCACGCGUCUUACAUCACCAACGCGUAUCUCUCCUACUACACACACGCGCCUCCAACACCACGCGGUGGCCCUCCAUCCAUGGCAGUACACCCGCAGAAUCACGGGCCCACGUCGCCGCAGGCUUAUUACCCUGCGCCGGUAAACAUGGCGUUUGCCGCCAUUCCCAUCGCUGCGCCGCCGCCAGCAAUGCUCCAGCAACAUCCAAAGAGGGCUCCAGAACCGUUGGAGGAGGAGCAGGUUGGACCGAGAGCCAAAAAGGCUAAGGCGACAAAAUCCAAGGCACCUGAGUCGUCUGUAUCAUCCCGCCGAGCGUACAACCAGAAGAAACGCAAUGAGGCAGCCCAAGGCUCUGCUCAAAAUGCUCCAGUGAUGCUGUAUGCUCACGCAUCUGACGGUGCAGGCAAAGAGAAAGCAUCCGGUUCCAACGCUCCAUCCUACGGCGCCAUGCGGAUUGUAGCGGAGGAUGCCAACAGCAACCCCGACACGGCUGGUCCUCUGCAGCCCGAGCUUCAGUUCGCCCGUUGCAUGUCCAACCGUUACCGCUCGGAAGAAUUCCCCCGUUGCGUGUCGUGUACGCGACGAUGGGCUGGGGAUACCUGCAGGUUCCAGGGUAUCCGGUUCUUCCUCAAGAAUCAGAACAGGGAUAUCGUAGGCAUCAGCUUCGUGGAGAGUCAGAAACCUGACGCCCCGACGAUGAACUUCCCGAACAAGUGGAACAUCAACCUCGAGAUGGAUCACAUAUAUCGCGUCAAGCGAACGGUCGCGGUUGCGCUUUUGCCUAUCCUGAAACAGGAGAUGCAGCACCUCAGCUUGCCCGAAAUUAUUCGUCGGCCGCGCGAGAGCGAAGUACGUGCAACGUGCGACACUUGUAUGACGUCCAUCUUCUCCAGUAGUUGGAUGUGCCGUCUCUGUGGGCGCGAGGCUUGCGCGGAGUGCUUCGAGCAGGUCAAGGAGCUAACCACCGAUAGAAUCGGCGCGCCAGAGGCCGAAAUUGCGGCGCUCCAGGCUCGCCGGGAGAAGCACGCGCACGUUAACCCCUUCUUCCUCUCGUGCACGCGUAGAAACGAGCACCAGGCCAAAGAUUUCUCACCUAUGUCGCGCUUCUGCAAGACGGAACUGACUCAAGCUAUCGAAGAGAUGGAGGCGCUGGUCAAGCGCCCUCCGGCAGCCGACCAGGAGUCGAGCGAUGAAUCGCAGUUCAGGAUGGUCAAGUCGCCCCCCAAGACUCCCAGGGACGUCUGGGGCAACGCGAGCCCGAGCUCCUCGUCGUCUUCGGCGGUGGGCGACGUCGUGAAAGUGACGGAAUCGUCGUCGUUCGUCAGCGCUUCGGCAUCGUCGGCAUCCUCUGCGUCGAGCGGCUCGAGCAUCCCUUCGCACGAAACGAUAACGUUCGCAGACGCCGAGCUCACAGACGAGAAGUUCCGCCGUGCAUGGGAAAAGGGCCUGCCCCUGGUCGUCAACGGACUCCUCUCGAAGUUCCACCUGCAGUGGACGCCGGAGUACUUCAGCAGCAAGUACGGCACGCAGAGCUGCUUGAUCCUGGAGUGCCAGACGGAGCAGAACAAGCGGGUCACCGUCGCCGAAUUCUUCUCCCUCUUUGGCAAGUACGAGGGCCGGCGGGAUUGCUGGAAGCUCAAGGACUGGCCGCCGUCGACUGAUUUCAAGACAGCGUUCCCGGAGCUCUUUGACGACUUCAGCCGUGCGACGCCGGUUCCUAACUAUGUCCGUCGCGAUGGCGUCUUGAACAUCGCGUCGCACUUCCCAAGCAACGCGAUUGCGCCCGACCUCGGCCCAAAGAUGUACAACGCAAUGGCUUCCUUCGAGUCUCAGGGCAGUAAGGGAUCGACUAGGCUGCAUAUGGACAUGGCGGACGCGAUCAACAUCAUGGCCUACGCCUCACCCACGCCGGACGGUCGUCCCGGAUGUGCGGCGUGGGACAUCUUCAGGGCGGAAGACACGCCUAAACUGCGCAAGUUCUUGCGGAAGAAGUUUAAGGGCCAGUAUCAGCAUGACCCCAUCCACUCGCAGCAAUUCUACCUCGACUCCACGCUCAGGCAGGAACUGUACAAGGACUACGGCGUCCACAGCCACCGCAUCUACCAGCGGCCUGGGGAGGCGGUCCUCGUCCCUGCCGGGUGCGCCCAUCAGGUGUGCAACCUCGCGGACUGCAUCAAGGUCGCGUGCGACUUCGUGAGCCCGGAGAACAUCGCGCGGUGCGAGAUCCUCACGCGGGAGUUCCGCGAGCAGAACCAGUCGAUGGCGUGGAAGGAGGACGUGCUCCAGCUGCGCACGAUGAUGUGGUUCGCCUGGCUCUCGUGCGCGCGCCAGGAAAAGGAGAUGCUGGAGGGGUAAGGUCGCCUCGAAGGGCCGCUGGUCGUCGCCGAUGAAGGACGCUUUGUUCGUUGUCGCCGGAACGUUGUGUUUCCUAUUUCUCUUCACAGCUAUCGCCGCCCAAUUCCCCCACUUUCCCCACUCUCAUCUCGAUCGCCGCCACAUGUCGUCGUCCCCCAGCCUAUCCUCGUCGCCGUCCCAUUCUAUAUGUACUAUAUCCUCUCACGCGAAUCGUCUCCUUGUUUACGUGCUUCCACCGUGCUUUGUAGUGUCCGUCUGAUCUGCUGCGCGUCGUCACCUCUUCUCCUUCUCUGUCCUAUCCACGAGUCGCUGUUCC